AUGUCCUCCAAGAAGCAUAAGCGCGACAGUGAUGGUGAUUCUCUGUCAUCACUUUCUGAAGAUGAAUCCCCAAAGAAAACAAAAAAACCAGUAGCUGCUUCCGUAUCUGGCCGAACGAAACCCAGCGAUGGUAGCCAAAUGAUCGAUCUAACGGGCAAUAAGUACAUCUCUGUGCGCGAGUUCAAGAGUCGAAUUUACGUUGAUAUUCGCGAGUUUUAUGACUCCUCUGGUGUACUAAAGCCAGGCAAAAAAGGGGUAUUCCUGAACGUCGAGCAAUGGGCAGCCCUGAAAAAGUCCAUUUCUGAAGUCGAUAAUAGCAUCAAAAAUUUCCCUCGGUGA